UUUUCUACUUCCCACUGAUGUCGAUGAUGCGUUUACAAAACUUAUGGAAAUAUGUCCAGACUUAGAAGUUGGGAGUUUAUUUUCAGACUACGUGUUAAACACAUACAUUGAAGAUGAUUCGCUAUUUCCUCCUAUUCUUUGGGCUCAAGUACCGUUAUUAAACCCAAGAACCACCAAUGGAGCAGAAAGUUUUCACAGAACUUAUAAUGGACAAUUUUACAGCACACAUCCUCCUACACAUGCAGUAAUUUCUGUUUUAAAGGAGACCCAAACACAAACCGUGGCAAUAAUCAACUCCAUUGAAAAUAAUAUUACAAAAACCAUGGCCAGCAAAGAUUAUAAUCGUAUUGUUUCAACAAUUAAUUUAUAUAAAGAGUUUGAACAAAAUAAGGACAUUAUAAGGUAUUUAAAAUUAACCGGAAAUAAGUACUUAGGAAAAAAAUAUUGA